AUGAGGCUCUACAUCACCGCCGCGGCGGCGGUGGCCGACGACGGCGGCCUGACCAAGCCGAAUAAGGCGCCGCAGCAGGCGCAGGCGCAGGCGGCGCGGCGCGGGUGCCGUUCGGCUGUGGUGACGGGGCUCCUGGCCGGCCUGCUGCUCUUCCGCGCCGCGCUCCUCGCCGUCGAGACCGGCGCCUCCCUCUGCCCCUCAGCCACCGGGUGCUUGGGCUGGAGGGCGGGGCUCGGGGACUGGCUCUACGGCGGCGACGACCCGACGGAGGAGUUCAUGAAGCAGUGGAGGAGAAGUCAAAGGGAAGCCAGCCUGCUAGAUCCAGUGGUGGUGGAAGCGGCGCCGGACUCCUUGAACAGCCUCAUGGCGGAGAUGGACACCAUCCUGGCCACCUAUGAUCGGCUUGACAUGGAAGUCGUCGUGGUCAAGAUAAUGGCCAUGCUGCUGAAGAUGGACCGGAAGGUUAAGUCAUCAAGAAUCCAGGCUCUGUUCAACCGCCAACUGGCUUCGCUCGGCAUCCCCAAGAGCAUACACUGCCUCGCCCUGCGGCUGGCCGAGGAGUUCUCGGUGAACGCCGAGGCCCGCUCCCCCGUGCCGCUGCCGCAGCACGCCCCUCGCCUGACCGACACCUCGCGCCUCCACGUCGCCCUCGUGACCGACAACAUCCUCGCAGCCGCUGUCGCCGUGGCCUCAGCUGUCAGCAGCUCGGCCGACCCCUCGAGGCUGGUGUUCCACGUCGUCACCGACAAGAAGAGCUACGUCCCGAUGCACUCGUGGUUCGCGCUGCACCCGGUUUCUCCGGCGAUCGUCGAGGUCAAGGGCCUCCACCAGUUUGACUGGCGCGAUGGUGACGCCAUUGCCUCUGUCAUGAGGACGAUUGACGAGGUCCAGAAGAGCUCGCUAGGUUACCACCAGCUGUACGAUGGAGCGGCAGAGAGGGAGGUCAGAAGGCUCGAAGCAUCAAAGCCAAGCACGUUUUCACCACUGAACUAUCUGAAGAUCCAUCUCCCAGAGUUCUUCCCAGAGCUCCGGAGGAUUAUACUACUCGACGACGAUGUCGUGGUGCACAAGGAUUUGGCCGGGCUAUGGGAGCAGGACCUGGACGGGAACGUCAUGGGCGCGGUUGGCGCGCACCGUCCCGCUGCAGACGGUGGGAUCUGCAUCGAAAGCGCUCUCGGCGAACACCUCAACUUCUCUGACCCUGCACUGUCGUCGCUAGGCCUCGACGGUUUGCACUGCGCGUGGUCUUGGGGUGCCAACAUCAUCGACCUUGAUGUUUGGCGAAGAACAAACGUUACAGAAACGUAUCAGCUAUGGCUACAAAAGAACCGGGAGUCAGAGUUCAGGCUAUGGAAGAUGGCAUCGCUGCCACCGGCACUGAUAGCAUUCAACAGCCGGGUUCAAGCCAUAGAGCCGUUGUGGCACCUGCCGGACCUCGGCUGGCGCAUGCCAGACCCUGACCUGAUGCAGUUUUCCGCUGUUCUGCAUUUCAGCGGGCCGCGGAAGCCGUGGCUGGAGAUCGCGUUCCCGGAGCUACGGCAAUUGUGGCUCGGGCACUUGAACGUGUCAGACAGCUUCCUACGAGGCUGCGGCAUAGUCGAAUGACAGUAACUGGAACAGGAAGAAUUAAGCGGGAAAGGAGAGAAGUACAGUAUAAUCAGGUCCAAGAACAGGGUGCAGGGCUAGGUUUAUGAGGAGAGGGAAGUAGGUGCUGCCUUCAGUCUCUCCUCAACGUGGCUGGCUUUGCUGGUUCAAUGCCACUGAGUGGAACUACUCAUGGUGUAUAUAUAGCUGAGAUAUUUUUUCUUUAGUUACAAAACAAAAGUUGGAAAUUUGUAAUCAGUGGCCAGGAGAUAACUUUUCUUGGCUCCACAUGAUAAACUGACUGUAUGGAACAUUGGUUGAUUUAAUUGGGUCCAUCUAAAUGUGGAGAAACGUAA